CGGCGACCCCUCACAUACCAGCUCCAUCCCUUUAGAAAACAAACCGGGCCCAGUCUUAGCUGGGGAUUUAGAAGGGUGUUCUUUUCUCGCCUCCAGAUGUGCAACAUUCAGAUCCGCGAACAACAACUCACUAGGGAAAGGGGGGAGAGAAAAGAGGGGGAAGAAAAAGAAAAAAAGUUUGUCAAAGAGGCCGAACUGCAGAUGAAACUGGCAAGUGACUGCGCUCUCCAUGGAGAUGAGUGGGCCAAUGACAAGGAUGGAAGCUGUUUAUAGGGGCGGAGUGUCUCCAUAGCAUCCAGUGAAGCCUUUUUGAGCAGCUACUUAAUGACAGUCAUUCUGCUGCUUACAAAUCACUGCAGCUCUGCAAUAAAGGAGCUCUGGCAGAGCUUUGGGUAAUAAUUUAUCCAAGGGGGGAAAAGUAGAAAUUCCCUUUUUUCCAGAACAUUCCUGCUGAGCUGUGAACUUUGGGAGCCGUGGGACUUUGAUAAGGAUCAGGAUCGCCCCUUUCCCCCCUCCCUUCCCCCACCUCGGUUCACCCCACACCUCCUGAAUGUUGGACCUGCCCAUUCUGGCCUCCCCAGACAUGACUGACAGCUGGUUGAACCUGCAGUCAGAGGAAGAAAGAGGGCAGGAAAACAGCAUGGGGGACUCUGCCAACCUGGACGACAGUCUGACCAGCCUACAGUGGCUGCAAGAGUUUUCCAUCAUCAAUGCCAACGUGGGCAAGUCUUCCUCUUCUCCCAGCAGCUCGGACCCGCACGGCUACCAUAAGAUCCCUGGCUCUGCUGCUCCUUGCUCCCCCUUGGCUGCUGACCCAGCUUGCAUUGGGAUGCCCAACACCCCCGGCAAGCCCAUAUCAUCUUCCACCUCCAGGACUACUCACCUGGGGAUGGGCAUGCAGGCCCAGUCCUUGGAAGACAUAGAUUAUAAGACCAACCCCCAUGUGAAGCCCCCUUACUCCUAUGCGACGCUCAUCUGCAUGGCCAUGGAAGCCAGCAAGAAAACCAAAAUCACCCUUUCGGCCAUCUACAAAUGGAUUACGGACAACUUCUGCUACUUCAGACACGCUGACCCCACCUGGCAGAAUUCCAUCCGGCACAACCUAUCCUUGAACAAGUGCUUCAUCAAGGUGCCGCGAGAGAAGGAUGAGCCAGGGAAAGGUGGAUUCUGGAAGAUCGACCCUCAGUACGCAGACAGGCUCAUGAAUGGAGCCUUCAAGAAACGCAGGAUGCCCCCUGUGCAGAUCCACCCGGCCUUCACCAGCAGAGUCCAACAAGAAGCUGGGACUGCUGCCAACCAGGCAGCAUCCUCUUGGUCCAGUGACAGUGUCCUGAAUGUCAACAUGGAGUCACAGCAGCUGCUCAAAGAGUUUGAGGAAGUCACGAGUGACCAGAACUGGAACCCAGCGGAUGGGAAAAUGGGCCACAAACGUAAGCAGCCAUUGCCCAAACGGAUGCACAAGACAGCUCGCCUCUCUAGCUCCCCCUUGCUCACCCAGGAAGAACAGACAGAGCUUGGCUCAUUGAAAGGUGACUUUGACUGGGAAGCUAUCUUUGAUACCACCUUGAAUGGUGACUUCUCCACUUUUGAGGAUCUGGAGCUCACACCUCCAAUUAGCCCAAUAACCAGAGAUGUGGACUUGACAGUGCAUGGAAGACACAUUGACUGUCCACAGGAAUGGUGCCCAGUUGGGCAGGAUCAGGUCCUAACAGAAUCCAACCAGAACAACUUAGACUUUGAUGAAACCUUCAUGGCCACUUCUUUCCUUCAGCAUCCAUGGGAUGAAGAGAGAAGCGAUUAUCUCUCAAAUUCGGUCAACAUGGACCAGUUGUUUGAACUCAACGACUCUUCUUUGCCAACAGACAUGAGUGACUGGAGCAGUAUGGGAUCUUUUUUAUAAGAGGCCGCUGCCGGUUAGAAGGAUCAAGUUAAACCCAGGUAGACUUUAUCUAUUAGCAAGAUACUCCCAUUGCUGCUGGAGAUUACAAGGGACAAGAUCUCUAAAACGGGGACAUCCACGUUGACUUUUAUCAGCUGCAAAGUAUGGUUAUUCACAGAAACUCCAAAAGAAACUCAGAAGAUUUGGCUGGAUACAUCUGUUAGCAACACAUCAGGAGAAGUCUCUGCCUCUUGGGUUUCCCUAAGAGAAGAAAUAAUUACUUAUUUUGGGACUCUGUUUUUUUAAAGAAAGGUAGAUUAUCCUAUGUUUUGUGGAAAUGGAAGGAACAUAUGUUCCCUCUAGGACAAAGGAGAACAGUUGCUAAGUUACAUGCAAGAGCUGAGAUUUCCUGAUGACUUUGGACAUUGUAGACCAUGUGCAAUUUCCUUCUCCUUCUUCUCCAUUUGACUCUCUCUCUCUCUCUCUCUCUCUCUUUUUUUUUUUUCCUCUGUCCAGGGAUAUUCCCAGAUAUAACAUGAGAUAAUUAAGUAGCAGGUAAAUAAAAGUCCCUUCUGGGUUCUAUAAAUUCAAUCUCCCUCCAGAAUUGGGGCUAGGGAAGAAGACGAGAUCUGUAAAAUCAGAUGCAAAUCAGCAAGUCGCCCUCUUCAGAUGUUUUUAUAUAGUCUAUUAUAUAUAAAUAUAUAUCUAUUCAAAGAAACCUAUAUUUUUAGCACAAUCAGUAGAGUACCUUUUUGAUGGAAUGGCAGUGGAAAUGGGGGUUUUUCUGUGCUGUAUAAAGACUAAUGUUAAUUAUUCUGCAAAUUUAAAAAUGAAGAGUGUCAGAUGUUUAUUGUAACAAAAUAUGCAAAGGAAAAUUCCUACAUCAGAAGCAAUGAAUUUCUUUAAGGAUUGAGAAAAGGAUCAAGACAGGAGAGAAGGAGAAGAGACUUAACUUUCUCCAGAUUGUGCUCUUACUUAUUUUUGUAUCCUGAACUCCUUGCCUCGAGUCACGAGCGAUUGUAUUUGCUGUAAGGCCUAGAAUGGUGUCACUGUGAACCUGCUACAUUUCUGAAUGAUUGACAAAACAAUGUACUAUUUUCUGAUCAGAAACUGUAAACCGAAAGCAUCCCCUUCAUCAGCCUGUAUGUCAGGCUCUGAACAGCCUUUAUGAUGAUCCAGGAGACAAAUCAAGUGAUGAGUGAUUAAGGACCAAGCCUUCUCCCUCAGUGAGACAGCUGUGAUCAAAUGUCGCUUUCUUUUGGAAUUGUUAUGUUGGGGUUUCCCAUGCAGGGGGAUGCUCCCCAGCUCUUGAUGAUUUUGUAUUUUAUUUAAACGAAUGUUCUUGUAUGGGACUAACGAAAAAUGAAAUCUGGAUCCGGGGCUCGGUCAGGGAGUAAGAGGCCAAAGACUGUGUAUGCAACAAACAUUAGUUAUGAACAAAAGCAGAGUUUAGAAUCCCUUCUCUGCCUUAUCUAACAUGUCCCCUUUACUCUGCUCGUCUCCUAAAGCAAUAAUCAGUCUGAGCACUUACCAUCUCCAACCCGCUGCACAAAGGUUAACCAGUUAAUUCUCACAGCACCCCUGCAAGGUAAGUAUUAUUACCCCCUUUUACAGAUGGGGGUGACAAGGCAGGGAUCAAUUAACUGAUUUGCCCAAGGCCUAACAGCAUAGCCUCGCUCCCAGUCCUGUGACCAUACUGCUUCUUAAAAGGUGUGAAGGGGAUGCCGGCAGGCUAAAGGUUUCUCCAAAGCAAGUAGAAAAUAUCAUGGUGUUUUUCAGUGCCUGGAAAGGCAGAGCAAGGAGAGGCAAAGUGCCUGACUCCUUUCUCGAGACUUAACAACUUGGGACCAGAGCCUCAGCUGGUGAAAAUUGCCGUAGCUCCACUGACUUCAACAGAGCUAUGCUGAUUUACCUGCCGAAGAUCUGCCCCUAAUUGGUUUGCUAAUGGGAGUGUGGACAGGUGUCUGUGAAAUAUGCAUAGGCAGCAAAGAAAUAUUAUGGUAGUUAAAAAUAAAAAAUCUUGCUCAAACUUGAAUUCAAGCUCUAGAGAAUCAGAUUCUAAGCCUCUCUGUUGGUACAGGCAAAUAUAGUUAACAUAACGUAGCUGCUAGUUAGCAGAAAGAAGAGGUUACUUUGGAGUGUGUUAGACUUGUUGAAAAACAUAAAACUAUAAACUUUUUUUGUUUGUUUGUUUAGAAACUAUAGUAAGAAUUUAGGAACCUUGAUGUGAGCAAACUAACUUAGCUGGAGUCUAGUUGUCGUUUUAAAAAAAUAGCCUGAUUUAAUGCUGGAAAAGACAACCCUUGUAUUAACUAAUGAAUUAACUUGCAUUCAAGGUCACAGAGGUCGGAAAUGCAAUGCAUUGCAUAUGGGUUUUCAGGUACAUAGGGCUAGAUCCUCAGCUGGUGCAAAUCGGCCUAGCUCCAUUGAGGUCAAUGGAGCGACUCACGCUUAAAGCAGCAGAGGAUGAUGUUGACCCAUUGAUCUCCAUACAGGUAGCUGCUGGAGUGGGGUGGAACUCUUAGGGUGUGUCUACACUUCAAUAAAAGACCUGUGGCACAACCGUGGCUGGCCCAGGUCCACUGGCUUGGGCUCAGGUUUUGGGGCUAAAUAUUGCAGCAGGAGCCCAGACUCUGAAACCCCAUGGGGCGGAUGGGACUCGGAGCCUGGGCUCCAGCCCAAGCCUGAACAUCCACACUGCAAUUUUUAGCCCCACAGCAAGAGUCCUGCAAGCCCAAGUCGAUUAACUUGGGCUGUGAGACUCAUUGGCAUGAGAUUUUUCUUGCAGUGUAGAUGUAACCUUAGGGUCCAUGGUUUAGACAAUGCUCCCCUGGGUCUGGCGGACAAUCAAAAGAUACAAGCUGCAAUGACUGCCAAAUGGCUCCAGAGGGUGGUCCCACUAGUCCCCCAUAAAAUGAGGAAGUAGGGUUGGAAUUUUAACCAUCUCACAUACUCAGUGAACAACCUCCAAAAAACCUCAGCAAAAACUAAUGGGGGGUGUCCUCCACCAGCCUGCACUGUUUCAAGAGCUGGCUGCAUUUCCACCCAGUGAGACAUAGCUGCAUGGCUUUCAUCUCCAUUCCAAGGCUACUGGUGAUCAAACUGGGCCUAGUCCAGUAUUUUGUUUCUUUUUUGUAAUGCUUCAUUUUUUUUUGUUUCUUUCUCCUGUUUCGGGGCCUGUUUCAUACAGAUGCUGGAAGAACUGCAAAGAUAAGUGUGCAAUUUAACCUUUUUCAUGGAAAGCUAUUUACAAUUAAAAAACAUGUCAAAUGAAAAACUGGUUUUGCCUCCUUGUUUCCCUAAAGCACUGAUCUUGAGUCUCUUUCUGUCCACUACUUAUAUGGCCCCCAUUUACCAUGGCAGCCGAACCCCUCACAAUAUUUUUAAUGCAUUUAUCCUCACAGCACUCCUGUAAGGUUGGCCAGUGUGGUUGUCUUCAUUGUAUAGA